AUGGCAUCGCAGCGGGCUCGGCCCUCCGCAAGGCGCAGAGGUUCCUACCUGUCCCUUGCCCGUCUGAUAGCCCCUGCCCUACUAUUCAUCUUCGGCCUGGCACUCCUCUUCGUCAACUAUGGAGCAUACACUGCGCUCCCGGAGGCGCUAUCACUGCGUCAAGAAUGUCGGAUGUCUCGCAUGUGGCCCUCCUACGAGCUACAUCACCCUCCCUCUCCCUCUGGCCAAGGCAAAAAGUACAGGCUCUACCUCUAUCGCGAGAAUCCUCAUGGCAGGGGAGCCAUCACGGCUCCCAGGCGCAAACCGGCUCUCUUCAUUCCCGGCAAUGCUGGCAGCUAUGGUCAAGUCAGGAGCGUGGCGAGCUGGAGCUGGCAUGACUACCAGCGGGAGGUCAAGGAGAAGGGCAAAUAUCAGGCAGCAGAGACGGACUGGUGGUCCAUAGACUUCAAUGAAGACUUUUCAGCACUACAUUCGACGACACUCGAGGGGCAGUCAAUCUAUGUCAAUGAGGCCCUCGAGUAUAUCGUGAGUUUUUAUAUCCCUUCGGCAACCAUCAGCAUUCCAAUCCUUGCCCACUCGAUGGGAGGCAUCGUGGCACGCUCAGCUCUGCUGCAGGGCAAUCACCCAGCUGUCUCGCCGGUUAAGACCAUCAUCACGCUCUCGACACCACACCACGUCCCGCCGGCUCCAAUCGAGAGGGACAUGGACCGCAUCUACCAGAUGAUCAAUGGGGACCCGGCAGCAGCACAGGUACAACAAAAAGUACUGCUGGUCUCGCUCAGUGGAGGCAUACUCGACACUCAGCUCCCCUCGGAGUACAGCACUCUGCCAUCGGACUGGGCUCCGCAUGUCCUGCAACACUUCACCUCCGAUCUGCCAGCUUUGUGGUCCAACGUCGAUCAUCUAGCUAUGAUGUGGUGUGAUCAGCUCAGGAGAAGAGUCGCCGUAGGUGUCGCUGGCGAGAAGCUCUCUGUGUCGGAAGAGCCAAUGGCACAGCGCAAGCAAAGAUGGUCUCAAGUACUGCAGGUUGCCGAUCAUAGCAGUGGCAAACUCUCCCAGUGGACAAGCGAUGCUCCAACUGUCACGAUAUUGUCGAACUCUACUACCAACGUCGACGCCGCCGCGGCCUCCAAUCAUCGGGUGUUCACCCUCUUGACAUCGCUGCGGCCACUAGAGCAGGUCACAGUACUGCUCUGUCGGUCAGAGCAAGACGAGGAGCAGACCUGCCAACCCCUUCCUCCAUGGGCUUUCGGUGUGAUCCCGCCUUCCCGACACGGCGAAUCAUGGACACAAUUUCCCAAGGCCGAAAAAUAUUACGAGGCCGCUGGCGAAGGCCUGUGGGUCCUCGAUCUUGACAGGCAAGAGCUGGUCUCGUUGGGAUGGGAUACAAUCAGCAUUCAAGAAAGCAGCGAGCUCAAAGGUCAAGGCUGGUGGGAGGCAGGCUGGAGCGGACCGGAGAUGAGCAGUAUCGGUGUCCGGAGCUCAGAAGGUCUGACCUUCGAUCUUACACGCCGGCCCCUUGUUGUACAGUCGCCUGUGACAAGCAUUCACCUGCCGCAGGUGGCCUCAAGUCUCUUCGUCUAUGACUUCACGUUCACUUCGAGCUGCCAGAACUCCGAUGCAAGCGCUCGCUUUGCGGCCAUGGUGCACAUCUAUAAUUCUGAGACUGGAGACGGAAGAUGGUUUCCCUCUCUAGACCUUUCUCAGAGCGUCACGCUUCCUGUCUCCAUACACGCGACCUCUCCGUACAUCUCUACUCUGCCAGGUGCCAAGAAAGGCCUCACUCUCGAGCUCUACGCCUCAACCAAGAGUGAGUGUCGAGUAUUCAAAGCACUCGAAAUCAAGAUCAACUGGAGCAAAAGCGUCGGUCUGUGGCUCUCGCGCUACCGACUAGGCGCUGUGAGCUGGAUGAUGGCCAUCUUCUCCCUCUCUGCACGGUCGGUCAUGCACCAAUACGUAAAGAGGGGUACGCUGCCCGAUCCAGUACGGAGCCUGCUUCAGACGAUGCCAAGUUCUAGAAGCGGUGGAGGUCUCCUCCUCGCGUUCCUGGUGGGGCUAGCGGCGCUGCAGUGGGCGCUCGUCAAUCUCGGACAGGUAACACAAUCGUCAUCGGUGCGCAAUCUGCUUUUCGGCUUGACGGACGAGGCAGCGGCUUCCUUUGGGCUAAUGAGUAGCGACCUCGGCCUAACGCUCCUCCUUGGCGUGGUGCUUGUGACCGUGACCUGGACGUUGCUGGCGAUCAUUACGAUUGUUCUUCACAUUUGGACGAGCUUGGCUGCGCAGGUCUUCUCCAUUCUCAGAUUGGAAGGCUUCUUACACUUCGACCACGAUCUUUCGAAACUGCCGGCAAUCCGGCACACUGCGCAGAGACCAGUCUGGAAGUUGACCACGCUCCUCACGCUGCUCAUUUCUGUCGCUUUGGUCAAGCUGUACGUGCCAUACCAAUUUGUUUUCCUUGCUGCUACCCUCAUGCAGAUGCUCAAUGUCAUUCGGUCAAGAAUGGCGCUCCAGAACACAAGCAAGGUGGCCAAUCAGGACUGCCUUCGAUUGCGAUUUAGUCAGAACAUUCUUAUGCUUCUUCACUUUGUCCUGCUCUUGCCGCUCCGUGGUCCGUCUCUCAUCAUCUUCGUCCGCAACUUUCUGGCGGGAUACAUGUCUACAUCAAGCACGUUCGCAAUUGCGAGAUCUCAAGUUGGUUCCGGCUUCGGCGAGGAUCACGACAUCCUUCGUAUCAUGCCCGUCCUAGCUCUGGUACAAGUGACUAGCACAGGCAGGCUGAUCGAAAUCCCUUUGCAGGGACCAGGAAGGUUCUUCACGCGUGCGAUCGAGUAUGCUUACCUCCUGCUCGGCGUCUCUACCCUCGCAUGGGGGAUCAGGUACCCAUACCUGCUCUACGACAUCUCCCUGUGGAUCUUCACCCUCAUUCUCGCCGGACACUAUCUAGCUAGAUGGCGUGUGGGAAGUCCAGAGUCUCCACGAGAGGUUGUAUUGAUUCGCAAAGAGGAGGGUGAAGAUGAAGAAUCGGUACCGCUGACGGCCAGAUCAGCACCUGAAGAUGGCGUGGCGCUGGAAAGGAGAGACCAGGAGGAAAGGGAAGUGGAGAGGGAGGUGCCUGUCAUGCCUUUCUCCAUUCCUGAUGAGCUCAUGCCUAGUGGUGGCAGCUACGAGGCAGUUGACGCCUCGGAGAUUCAGAUUCAGCAAGAGCAGUCUGCCAGUCCACAACACACCCCAGCGGAGCAGGGCGGGUCGGUAGUCUCCCCCCGUCCAGUUCAAAUCGCAGACGCUGCGGCCAAGUCUGAGGUCAAGGCCUCCAUACCCACGAGCGACGUCGACUCCCUCCUGAUCGAGUAUCUCUCACUCUUGGACGACUACCUCGAGCUACGUGAGACGCUCUCCGCCACGCUCAGCAAAGGUUUCUUCAACCUCUCCUCGGCACAGAUGGCUGCUGGCGGAUGGGGCACAACUGCUGGUGCACGCAGGAGUCUGUGGGACGCCAGGCUCACCAGGGAGGUCGAGGUGGAUACGCAGAAGUGGACGUUGCGGGAUGUGGAGAGAAGUAUGCCUGAGGAGGUGGAAGAGAAGCAAGGGCCUGCUGAUCAGGCGCUGAAUGAGAAGUCGAAUUCUGGUUUACGGCGACGCAAGCCAGUCUCCGCAUCUGCCACGGAGCAAAAGGCAGAGACCGCUCAGUCAGCCACAAAACUUCCAGCGCCAGAGGAUGAAAAAGAAGCGAAGACGGGCGAGAGCAGCAAGCCAGCUCCUCUCCCUCCCUCUGCCCUCUACCAAUUCUCUGCUCUCCCUUCUGCCAAGUUGCGCCGAGCUAGACAUGACUUCCGCGGCGCCUUGGAAGUGAUCGUACAGGGGGCAGCGGCUCAGGGCACUAGCGAUAAGAAGGUAGAUGGGGAGGAUGAAAAGUCUCGCAGGGGUGGGGGGAAGGGGGACAGUGCAGCCAGUCUGGGGCUGGUGCAGAUGAGUAUAGAGUUGCAGAGGCUCGAGGAGGCCAUCAGGCAUGCCAGAAAGGGGAGUGCGACACGGUCGCCAGAUGAGAAGGGCAGACAGUGA